AUGUCUAGUGUUAUUUCAGAAACUCAAUCAGCUUUUAUUCAUGGUAGACAAAUUCUUGAUGGUAUUCUCAUCGCUACUGAGAUUGUGGAAGAUGCUAAGAGCCUGAAAAAAGAUUUUCUCUUAUUCAAGGUUGAUUUAGAGAAGGCUUUUGAUUCCAUUGAUUGGUCCUACCUUGAAGCUGUCAUGAAAAAAAUGAAUUUUCCUACCUUAUGGCGUAAGUGGAUUAUGGAAUGCGUCAGUACGGCCUCAACUUCUAUUCUGGUUAAUGCUGAAGGGCUAAAUGUCAUGAUGAAGGCUCUAGAAGAGGCUGACCUGUUCUCUGUCUACAAGGUUGAAGCAAAUAAUCAUGUCUCCAUCACUCAUCUUCAAUUUGUUGAUGACACCUUAUUGAUUGGGGAGCGAAGCUGGGCCAAUAUUAGAGCUCUGAAAGCUCUUCUUAUUCUCUUUGAGGUGACAUCUGGUCUUAAGGUGAACUUCCACGAAAGUAUGUUAGUUGGUGUUAAUAUUCAUGAUUCUUGGUUGGCAGAGGCAGCCUCUCCUACUAAUUCUGACAGGUGGAUUUGGCACUUGCAUGUCUCCAACAGUUAUAACAUCACAAGUGCUUAUAAUCAUCUGUUGACAUUCACCGGUAACAACUUGGCGGUUACACACAUGAUUGAAAUUUGA